AUGGCCGGGGUCAAGCGUAAAAUUGAGGCUCCCAAGGGGUCUGCUACCAUGUCUUCUGGCGGCCCUCCAUCUACGCCUCUCAACAUCCAUCCUCGAGCAAAUACCGCUGCCCACAAUGCGAGCGCUGUAGCAAAUAGCUCCAAGAGUACCACUCGUGAAACGCGUGCUUCUCGAACUCGCGCUGCUGCUCCUGCGGCACCAGUGGCUUCGACCCAGGUUGAUGGUACAGCCUCCUCAAAUGUACCAGAGACUCCACGAUCCAAGCGGGUCAAACGGGGAUCGGUGGCGGAAGAAACGCCAAGGACAACGAGGCAGUCCGCCCGACUCCGGCCACAUUUCCAUCCCGUGGCAGGUGAGAAUGCUCCUUCAGAGGCAGAUAUUGCACCAAAGCGACCCGAGGAAGCAAGCCCCUCGGUGAGUAUCGCUUCUGUCAGUAGAACUCGCAAACGGAGCCGACAAACUGUGGAUGAGACCAAAGAACCAGUCUAUGACGGCGCCCCCGAUGCUGCCAUUACAGUGGUCAAGGUAUCUCCUCGAAGUGUCACCACUGCAGAGAAUGACAAGGAGACCAAACCUAUGGAUGCAGAAGCUUCUCGGGCCCCGAGUGCCGGACCUUCACAACCUGUGGAGGAGGUCCGAGAAGUGCCGGCUGCCCAAAAAGACAACGACGAAGCUAGUAUGUUGGCGGCGGCUGACGAGGCUGUGAGCCCUACAACCAAGCCCACCAGUCCGUUGGCAAAACGAAAGCGUAAAUCCUCAGAGAUCGAGGGCCCUAAUGCGGCAGAUCCUGCCAACUUGGCUGACUCCCCCAGCAAGAAGCCCAAAUUGGAGGAUGGCGUGCAGGACCUGGAGCAGCAACUGCAGGGUGGUCCUGAUGCGAAAACAGAAUCUCAAUCUCCCGCCGAUGGUGCGGCGGAAAACAAAACCGACACUGAAUCCCGUCAAAUCACGGAAGAGGCCGAGGGGUCUACAUCGGAAAUUGCUACAGGACCUGCAGUGGCCAAGGUUGUUCGACCUAGUCGUAAUCGGGGUCGAGGGCGCGGUGGGCGUAGCAGAGCUGCUGCGCGGUUCGCAUCGAGCAAACGAGGGCGGGGCAGUACUCGAAGUGCUCGAGGGGGUCGUUCGGGUCGUCAGUACGAUCGUUCAAGCGAUGUCGAGCUCGAACGUUCCCCGUCCCCAAGUGCAGCCACCCAGAAACUACGGGAUCGGCAGCGCGAACUUGACAAGGCAUUCAGGCGACUGGCAGCCGCCCAGCGACUGGCGUUGGCUGUGCUGGCCUCCCAGUCAGAGAAAAAGCUCUCUCUCGAUAAGAAUGCCCACAUAAAUGUCCCUGAAUACGACGAGAUCAGUUCCCUCCUAAAGGAUAGACUUCGGGGAAGAUUGGAAGUAUUUUAUCGUGAAUAUGAACUCAAAGUGGAGCAGGAGAACAGGUUGUUUACGGCAAACAAAGAAGCUAUCGAAGAGAGGUUUAGGGCAGCAGCACGGAACAUCCAGGAGGAGCACUUUCACGCGAGCCAAGGGGAUUAUAUGGCUUUCGUGGAGGGGCGCCGCGCGGCAGAAGACGAUGAACACACAGAGACCGACGGUUCGGAGACUGAGGCCGAACGAGGGCCCAUAAUUCCACCGGCCAAGGAAUUUGUACGGGGCUUCAAUUCCUCCUUUGUCCAAGAUACGGCUGGGGCGGCUGCCUACGAGCGAGGCCAUGCUGGCUGGGAUGAUUUCGUGCAGCGUGCCAAACUCGGUGACGACAUUGAUCCGCAGAUGAAGGAGAUGGGCAAUGCUGGGCCGUUUUCUGGCCUGUCUGCCCGGGAGAUCAUUGACCUCCUGCUUCAAGCGACAGGAAUUGUUGAGGUGCGGCAGGGUGGUGCGAUCGAGAAACAAGCCCCCCCUGUGGUCGCCAAUGUGCGUCCGACGGCAUUAUCUGCACUGGCUGAUAUCGCGGCGGCCGAGCUACCUCGGCCCUCCAUAUCACAGGCGACUCCGCGCCUGCCAGCGCAUCGGAAUAUCCUCCCCCAGCCGCAGGUGGCUCAUGGACCGACCGAUCCUCGACCAUUUGUUUUGCCACCUCCGACCCCCCAUCGACAGGGCUCCCGUCGACUACUCCCUGCUGCGCAGCAGAUUCCCCCAAUUAAUGAGCAGCUUGGACUGCCUGACCCAUUUGCCUCAAGAGGGGGUCCCCCCCAACUUCCCCCUCCCCCGGGAUCCAACUUUCAACGGCCUCCGCCGCCGGGUUACCUAGCAGGCCAUCAUCCCUCGCCCUUGUAUUUUCCACCACCUCCGCCCGGCCCUCGUCCACCCUAUUAA